AUGUCUCGGAGCAUACGAGGCCAACCUUAUGGCGUGCUGCGGCGCGAAACCAACAUCCCCGUUCCGGACGUCUACGACUUCAGUGGCACCCGCGACAACGAGCUCAACUGCCCUUUCACCCUGAUGGAGUAUAUCUCCUGGAUCCCGCUGAUGGAGGCCUGGUUCGACGAGGAGGUCUCACCCGCGGAGGCCGAAAAACGCCGGACGCGCGCCCUCGCCGACCUCGUGGCCGCCAUCGUCCAGCUCGACCGGUACAGGUUCGACCAGGUUGGCUUGGCGGUCUUCGGUGCCGACGGCCGUAUCUCCGGCACCGACAUCACCAAUAGAAUGAAACCGAACGCCACGAACGACAAGAUAGCCGAGUCUCUUCCUUUGCUCACGCCCAAGUUGUACGUCGCCUGGCGGUUGCACGAGAUGGACAUGUCGCCUGACGACCCAGUGCGCGGCGCCGUCAACCUCCUGAAGAUGCUGUUGGAUUGGAUCCCCAACCCCGCAGACAACGGCAAGGGCCCAUUCGUGCUGGCCCAGAUGAAGAUCGGGGCCAAUAAGAUCCUCGUGGGACCCGACGGCGCCAUCCAGGCCAUCCUCGGCUGGGAAGCGGCGGAGGUCAUCCCGCGCGCCAUUGGCAACGACGCAUAUCCCCCCUGA